AUUUAUUGAACCCAGAUAUAUAAAUGUGGUUCCCUAUGAGAUAACUUGGAUUUGAAUGUCGGCAGGGGGUGAAAUCGUUUUAUUUCAUUAUGAUAUCUAUAAAUGUAUCUUGAUUUGAUAUUGGUAAUGGAAUAAAAUACAACUUUAGAUCUAGAAUGUUGAAAUGAAUGCAUCAUCAUCCAGAAAAUGUGGAAAUCAGAAAGACGAUUUACCCGGCUUAUUUGCGGAAAGUUUGUUUUUUAUGCGGCGGUUCAGCUUAACAUUAGUUGAUGUUCCCGAACAUAAAAGAACAUUUUCGACAAGAGGUGGUCAGUUUGAACUGCGGACCAGGCAACAGCCGACGAAUAAGAUGGACCCCAUGUCAAUCAAACGAAAGAAAGGACGAAGUGUGUCCUUCGAGUCUGCUAUAAGACCACGUUUUUCAACGGGUUCCGUGCAGCAUUUCUUAGCAGAGAAUUACUUCGCUGACAGAUGGGCAAGGAACAAGGAGAGUUCUGAGAAAGUAUCUGAUUUGAAUGCUGACGUCAUUGUGGUACAAAACGAACAAAAUCACGAGAGUCAUGAUAAUAAAACAUUUACUUACGACGAGGUCAAUAAUAACGAUUAUUUUGUUUCUGUGUUUGGAAAGAAGGGUAAGAAUAUAGGAGAGUUCGAGGACGCCAAGCAUAUUACAUACUUCAAAAGUCAGCAGGUUAUAAUUGCUGAUUUUGUCAACAGUAGGUUACAGAUCUGCGACGAAUCUACUAGAACCAUCACCGUGUUUGCACCAGACGAAAUAAAUUUACCGUGGGCAGUAGGGGUAACAAAAGACAAUAAGAUUGCCGUUACUUUAAGCAAAUACCGAUGUGUAAAAAUUUUAAACAUGUUUGGUGAAGUUACAAACACAUUUGGAAAAGAUUAUUUUGUUAGGCCGGCAGGAUUGGCUAUUGAUAAGAAAGGUAAUUUCAUCGUUUGUGACGCUUUGACUGACAAAGUUUCUAUGUUUGACAGCGACGGAAUCUUUAUCCGAUUUAUUGGUAACCCUAAUAAUAAGGAAGAGUGUUUCAGCAAACCUUCCUAUGUCUGUGUGUCAAGCACUGGUGAUAUUAUUAUCUCCGACAGUGGACAUCAUAAAAUAAAGAUGUUUAAUUCUAAAGGAAGGUUCAUUCGAUCUGUUGGUUGUUUUGGCAAGGGUUGUAACCAAUUCAAAUCUCCUUACGGUGUUACCACAAACAAAUGCGGGGAUAUUUUUGUUGCCGAUCAUUACAACAGCCGGAUAUCAAUGUUCACGAGAGAUGGUGUAUUCGUCCGCCAUAUUGUGACGUCAGAGCACGGACUUGUUCAUCCACAAGGGCUAACUAUAAGCGAAGAUUUGCAUCUAUAUAUCACGCAUGGACACCUUAAAGCAAGUGAGAUAUUGAAAUUUAAACUAACCAAUGAUUCUGAAGAUAAAUCUAUAUAUACGUUAUCCCACUUGUAACUGAACGUCACGUUACGUUACAUUAAAGUCAUUUUGACCUCGCGUAUCGUUCAUGUAAUGCUUGAUUUAAUGAAUUUUUACUAUCAACAUAGUUUAAUAAGUUUGAGGAGUAUUACCAAAGUUGUGAAUAAUAACAGUUACUGCUAUAGCUUCCGAUGAUUUUGGUUAAUAAAGGAUCUGAAGAGGUUAUU